CUACCACCAGUCAAUAGGUGGCAGUGUUUCGCGUUCCGCCCGUUAGUCCAGGGAGUAGGAAGUAAAGUAAGAGCCACAUCACAUCCGUGAGUCAGAGGGACAACAACACAACUAUCCACCCCAACUUCUAAUCAGCAAAAGUCUUUAAAUGUCAUCGGAACCGUCCAAAGGAGAGAACUGCCUGGUGGACAUGGACAGCAAAGCUGGAGAGAUGUUUGGAUCUGAAGACGUCCUGUUGACUCGGACAGGAGGAGGAGGAUUCCUGUCAAAGAUCUGGCUCCCUAAAGGCCUGUCCGUCACGGCGGCUAAGGAGUGGGUGGACCGACGCCGUAUGUCCAUCCGACCCUGGGCCACGUUCGUAGACCAGCGCAAGUUUUCAAAACCCCGCAACUUUGGAGAGAUGUGUCAGAGAGUGGUGAAAAACGUGGAAACGUACAACAGCAACUACACCUUCAUCUUCCUCGGCCUCAUCCUCUACUGCAUCAUUAGCUCUCCUAUGCUGCUCAUCGCCUUGGCUGUGUUUGUCGGUGCCUUUUACAUCAUUCACCUCAAAUCGCUGGAGUCAAAGUUGGUCAUUAUGGGUAAGGAGCUCACUGUCCCUCAUCAGUUGAGUCUGGCUGGAGCUCUGUCUCUGCCUGUGUUCUGGUUGGCUGGAGCUGGAGCUGCGGUCUUCUGGGUCCUGGGAGCGACGCUGUUUGUGAUUGGCUCUCACGCUGCGUUCCGUGAGCUGGAACCGUCCGAGCUGGAGGAGCUGCUGAUGGAGCCGGUGUAGGAGGAGUCCGGUCCCACGCCGGACCAGACGACCUGAGGAGCGCCUCCUCCGUCUUCUCCUCAGCUCUGUGUGGACCUCCUCCUCCUCCUCCUCCGUCUGAUUCAGUGCAUCAAGAAGCUCCUCAUCUAUGAAGUAAUUGUUACUGAAACACAGUUGACGUACACAUAGUAAUCAAAAAUGCAAAUACAAAUACUUUUCAUUGGUAAUGGGUAAGUGUACACAGUAGUACUGUGUACUCGUAGUACAAGCCUUUCUCUACAUGUCAAUCAACAUGUUGCUUCCUGUGACAUCAUCUUAUGUCACUGCUACAUUUGUUAGAGGUUUUAGUGAAACCGCCUUCCUUGUAUAAAGUUGCAUCUUUCUGUAAAAAAAAAAACCUGCUGCCAAAACAAAAGUUUUACUUCAAGACCACGUGCCGUUUACUGCUCCAGUCCAAGGAUUUUAAAGGUGGAAUGAGUGGGAAUUUGGUCAAGUGUCAAGUGUCCACCACAAAAACAGGUCAAAUGAACUGGUCCACUAGUUGGCAGCAAAGCUCCAAUUCAACGCAACACGAUACUUUUCUGUAAAAACACAAUUUAUUGUCAACAUUCCUGCCCAGAAUAUUACUGCAGUACCUAAAGACUGGGCUGUGACCUAAUGAGGACUGGGCCCCGGCCCCAGCCCCGCCCCACACACAUUUCACCCAAUAAUAUCCUGAACACAAGAGUGAGACGUGCAGACAGGGGGCAGCAUCACAGAACCAACAUGUCCAAGAAACUGACACCAUUUGAAGGACUUUUCUACAUAAUCAUAAUCUUUAAAAACCAAAUCAAAUAUUACUGUAUUCAGUAUGUGGACUACACAACGUUGGUGGGUAAAAGUACUUCAUCUUAAAGGGCCAGUAUUUCUGUUUGUUGUUGGGAUCACAUGGUACUGGGUACAGUUUCAGCUGGGCUUCUUUCAACAUUCAGAAAUUAAAUAUUUACUUGUUUACAUUUUCAUUUAAGGUGUUUGUUUUUGUAUCCAAACAACUUUGUAAGUGCAAUAAAGUUCUACUGUCAA